AUGCGUGCGGCCGCGGAAAUUGCCUCUCACACCUCAACAGCAGGUGAUUCGUCGCCUGUUGUUGUAAAUCGUCCACGUGGUGAGUCACCACGUGCGACAGGUACAUCCGCUGCGUCUGCAGCGGGUUCCAUGAGUCGUAAUCAAGAUGAGUCUGAAAUAGAGCUCAUGUAUUCUGGCGAGUCGGAUGAUGUAUCCGACUCGAAGGUGACACCUCGCGCCUCCGGAUCACCCGGGGCGGAUACUGCAAGAGCCAGGUUGACUGGCUCUGGUCAACAUGGCGGUAUCAUGUCCGAGAUAUUCGUAUCGAGCGAUUGUUCCAACGAAUCUCUGCCUAAAGCAAGUCCAUCCAACGAUAGGAAGCGUGGUGAUGGUGGUGAUGCCUCUGAGCAUCACUACGAGCGAAGUAACUCGAGGUUUCGAGGUGUCACUGGUGUCAGUGCUCAUGCUGACACCACUCAAGAGUCCAGGGACCGAAACGUCGUGCUCCAAGCUUCUCAAAUGGAAUCUUUGUGGAUGCCACCACCCAAGGAGUUAGAUUGA